AUGACUGAUCCUCGGACAAGCACAAGGAAUGCAACAGGUCUGUAUAAUGUUGUGGAUGGAUGUGAAGUCUCCUUCCCCUUUGAGGAGAACCUGGACCGGUCUGCCUAUCUCAACCAGAGGGAGCACCCCCUUCCAGAGUCGGCAUCUGAAAUGCCUCCGCACUACAGUCCGUUCAUGCUGAUCACCAACCUGCGCACCCACCUGUGUGUUUCCCUAGAGAAGAAUCCAUGGCUGCAGAAGCGCAUCGACGACCUGGAGGAGGAACGCAACUUCCUGCGCUGCCAGCUGGACCGCUUUGUCUCCUCCAUGAGGACCCCGGAGAGCAACCGUAAAGACUGGGGCAGUGAUUGGUAUCCUGAAUCCCAGCACGCUAGUCUGAACUACACUACUCUGAAACCUCCACCAGAAAGAUCUCCAAGCCCUCCUCCUUCACCCAUGACCACCAGGUCUGGAAUGCUACGGAAACACGUCCAGAGCCAACUUCACACACGUAGCAGCAGAGUACCUGUAAAACAGGAGGUGCGGGUGAUAGAAGAAGAUAAGUACUUUGAGGAAGACAGUUAUUUAGAGGAAGAGGAAGUGGAAGAGGAGGACGAUUCAUCGGAUGAGAUGUCGUCCAAGAAAAAGGGAUCCAAGAAUGGUGGGGAGCCAAGAAUGAAAAUGAGACGGGUCUUCCGGAUCACUCGAGGCAAGGAAAGACAAAGAGUGAAAGACCCUGACGGUGUGCUCCGUCGGUACCAGAAGAUCCUCCUCACUUACCAGCGCCUGAGGAGCAUGUCCAAGACCUUCCAGGUCCACCGGGUGGACCGCAACACUAUGGCCUCCACCUCCCCCAUCGCCGAGCUGCUGCUGGUGGCCCCAGAGAAGGUAGCCGAGGUGGGCGAGUUUGAGUCUUCUAAGGAGAAGCUCCUGGACUACGCCCGCCGCUGCUACAAGGCCCUGGACGAGCCCAUGCACACCAAAGUGGCAGCCAUGAAGAAGAACCACCUGCUUCUGCCCAUCUCCUACAGGUUCAGAAACUAAUGGGGGGUCCUUUCCUCCUACA